AUGGCAGACAACACGGUGCCCAUUCCACAACCCCCAGGGCUGCCGCUCCUGGGGAACAUCAAUGAUAUCAACCCAGAGUUCCCUCUGGGAUCCAUGAUCAAUAUGGCAGACAAAUACGGCGAGAUCUACCGUCUGAGUCUCCCCGGUAGAAGCGUGGUCGUUGUGUCAACUCAGGCACUGGUCAACGAGGUCUGUGACGAGAAGCGCUUCAAGAAGGACGUCGCCAGGGUUCUGGAGGAGGUGAGGGCGGGUGUCCACGAUGGGCUCUUCACAGCACACGCCGAGGAGCCAAACUGGGGCAUUGCUCACAGGGUCCUCAUGCCCGCCUUCGGCCCAAUGAACAUCCAGGCCAUGUUUCCCGAGAUGCACGAUAUCGCGAACCAAUUGGCUAUGAAGUGGGCUCGCCACGGCCCAAACCAGCCCAUCAUGGUCACCGACGAUUUCACAAGGCUCACUCUCGACACCCUGGCCCUGUGCUCAAUGGAUUUCAGAUUCAAUUCAUUCUAUCAUGAUGAGAUGCAUCCUUUCAUUGAAGCAAUGGGGGCUUUCCUUGUCGAGUCGGGUAACAAGACGAGACGCCCGCCUUUCACGUCCAUCUUCUACCGCGAGGUCGAUAGAAAGUAUGAGCGGGACAUUGAGGUCCUCAGAAAGACGGCCGACGACGUUCUCAAGGCCAGGAAGGAGAACCCUACAGACCGAAAGGAUCUUUUGAACGCUAUGCUGAACGGGAAGGACCCCAAAACCGGACAAAAGAUGUCUGAUCAGUCCAUCACAGACAAUCUCAUCACCUUCCUAAUCGCUGGUCACGAGACCACCUCAGGAAUGCUGUCAUUUGCAUUCUACAACCUGCUCAAGAACCCAGAGGCAUAUCGCAAGGCCCAAGAGGAAGUGGAUGAGGUUGUUGGGAGUGGGCCCAUCACCGUCGAUAUGGUGAAGAAGCUGCAAUAUAUCCAAGCCACUCUGAGGGAAACGCUCAGACUCACUGCCACCAUUCCAACCAUCUCAGUGAAACCACUCCAAGAUACAGUGCUGGCUGGCAAAUACGCAGUGGGUGCUAAUGAGUCUAUUGCACUACUGGUAGCCAAGUCUCAGCUCGAUCCCGCGGUCUUUGGCGAGACCGCUCAGGACUUCAUCCCGGACAGAAUGCUUGAGGAUGACUUCAACCGCCUCAACAAGGAGUUCCCAAACGCCUGGAAGCCCUUCGGAAAUGGUAUGCGGGCUUGCAUUGGCCGGCCGUUCGCAUGGCAGGAGGCGGUACUAGUCAUGGCCAUGCUGUUGCAGAACUUCAACUUCAUGCCAGACGACCCGAACUAUCAUCUCAGUAUUCAGCAGACACUGACCAUCAAACCAAAGGACUUCCGCAUGCGGGCUUCACUUCGCCAUGGCCUGACUCCGACACAGCUGGAGCACCGUCUCAACGGAACAACAGCACCCCCAACGCCUCUAGAAAACUCAGUGGCUAGUUUGUCAUUGCAAUCGGGCCAAAAGGCGAAGGGCAAGCCAAUGGCCAUCUUCUAUGGGUCAAACAGCGGCACUUGCGAGGCCCUCGCUCAACGACUUGCCUCAGAUGCGCCCAGUCACGGCUUCAGCGCCGCAAUUGUCGAUUCUCUUGACGCCGCAAACCAGAACCUACCGACUGACAAGCCUGUCACUAUCAUCACCGCUUCAUACGAAGGUGAGCCACCAGACAACGCUGGCCUCUUCUGCAACUGGAUCCAAGGUCUCAAGGGCAAUGAGCUGGAGAAUGUAUCAUAUGCAGUGUUCGGCUGCGGCCACCAUGACUGGUCCUCGACCUUCCACAAAAUCCCUAAAAUGUGUGACGCCACCAUUGAAAAGUUUGGCGGAGCAAGAAUCGCGCCUCUCGGAGUCGCUGACGCCGCGGACGGUGACAUGUUCACCAAAUUUGAGUCUUGGGAGGACGAGGUCUUCUGGCCAGCGAUGAAGGAGAAAUACGGAAUCGAAGCAGAUGAGCAGGAUGGAGAAGGUCUUCAAGGUGGCCUCUCUGUGGAAAUCUCCACCCCUCGUUCUUCCACUCUUCGCCAAGAUGUGAAGGAGGCUGUUGUUAUCGCAGCCCACGAGCUCACCUCCCCCGAGGCUCCUACCAAGAAGCACAUUGAGAUCCAACUGCCCAGCGACAUGUCGUACUCAGCAGGCGACUACUUGGCGAUUCUCCCUAUCAACCCUAAGGAAAUUGUCCACCGAGCCCUACGCCGCUUCCAGUUGCCAUGGGAUGCUCACAUCACUAUCAGCAGUCAAAGCCAGACGACCCUGCCCACAGGCUCAUCCGUUCCGGCAUCAGACGUCCUCGGUGCCUAUGUCGAGUUGGCUCAGCCUGCGACAAAGCGCAGCAUUGCCGCCUUAACUGAGGCUACCAAGGACCAAGACACCAUAGACGCGCUUCAGCGUUUGGCCGGAGAGGACUAUCUCUCUGAAGUCAACGCCAAGCGGCUGUCAGUCCUAGACCUCCUGGAGAAGUACCCUACCGUCGAGCUCCCCUUCGCCGCUUUCCUCUCACUGCUCCCGCCCAUGCGCGUCCGCCAAUACUCCAUCUCAUCUUCACCGCUUUGGAACCCUAGCAACCUCACCCUGACCUACGCUGUCCUCGACGCCCCGGCGCUGUCCGGCACAGGCCAGCGCUAUAUUGGUGUCGCCACGAGCUACCUUGCCAGCCUCGAGCCAGGCGACAAGCUGCACGUGGCGAUACGGCCGUCGCACGCCAGCUUCCACCUACCGGUGGACAGCGAAAAGACGCCAGUGCUGUGCAUCGCUGCGGGGUCCGGGCUCGCACCGUUCCGCGGCUUCAUCCAGGAACGCGCGGCGAUGCUGGGUGCGGGCAGAAAGCUCGCGCCCGCGCUCCUCUUCUUUGGCUGCCGCAGCCCAGAGCAGGACGAUCUGUACCGCGAGGAGUUUGACAAGUGGGAGGCGGCUGGCGCGGUGGAUGUGCGCCGCGCGUACAGCCGUAAGCCUGACGCCAGCGAGGGCUGCGCUCACGUGCAGGACCGGCUGUGGCAGGACCGCAAGGAGGUACAAGAGCUAUGGGAGAAGGGCGCCAAGGUCUUUGUGUGUGGCAGCCGGGGCGUUGGCGAUGCCGUGAGGGAGGUGGCCAUCCGAAUGUAUGUGGAUGGCGCCAAGGAGAACCACGGCAAGGAGAUGAGCGUCGAGGAAGCGACAGAAAAGUUUGAUGCGGUGAGGAAUGAGAGGUACGCUACUGAUGUGUUCGACUGA